AUGCAACUCAUUACACUCCCCGCCCUUGCACUUUUUGCUACGUCCGCAUUGGCGGCGGAUUGUCUAGGUGGAGCUAAUAGCAAUUUACGCAAAGUGCGUGAUGCCUACUGGGAUGCUCGUCAGAAGAUGUGUAGCAACUCAGACUGUGCUUACCAGCAGGUCUGUACAACACAAGGCUUCGCCAAGUAUGUUUAUGAAUCUCCCAAGAAGGACUCGCCGCGCUUUACAGAAUACGCUCUUAAUGUCGCCCUGAGCCGUAAGAAUACUGGAGGUCAAAAGGGAUUCAAGGACUGCUGGGACGCUACUGAAAACAUUAUUACUCAGUGCGUUGAUGGUCAGGACAAGCUAGUCGGAACAUGGGAGUAUAAUGGCCAACUUUAUCAGUUCGAUGGGCAAAUGACCAUCAAGCGUUGGUGA